AUGGAUACACCGCGCCUCCACCUUCGCAAGAUUGCCGCCUCAGAUUUGGCCGACUUUCACGACAUUUGGUCCAACUUGGAGGCAACAAAAUGGAGUACGUGCGGACCCAAGAAGACGCUCGCAGAAAGCCAAAGUUGGCUAGAUGGUGUACUUCCAGAGAAAAAUACCACAGGUGACAACUAUGCCGUCUUUGUCCGUGGCGACGAGCAGAAGAAAAUGAUUGGUAUCAUGGGCGUCUUUUCUUUCAACCCCGUCGCCGAGCUGGGCUAUACCUUUCAUCCGGCGGCUUGGGGCAAGGGCUACGCGACGGAAGCGCUGCGGGCCUUUAUGAACAUCUACUGGGACUCGCGACCGACUGUGGAUGUGGUCGAGGCCAAGACUGAUGUUGAGAAUAAAGGAAGCAUCCGAGUAUUGACCAAGUGUGGAUUCGAGAAUGUGGCAUUGUUGAAGGACAAUGUGACGUUGCCGGCGCUGGGUUUGAGAAGCUCUUACCUAUUUAGGAUCGCCAGGCCAAGCGAAAGGGCGGACGGGGCCUAA